AUGUACCCUAGCUCGAUGAUGCUGUACUUGAAUGUGUUGGGACUCAUUACAUGCUCUGGGGGUACCACAUAUGCCAAACCUUUGCAAGGUACAGGAGGGCAGUUGCUCACCCGCUCAACUAAUGGUCCUGAGACCAACUCGUACAGUCUCAUGUCAUUGGCCAACAUUUCUUCCCUGUCUCCGAAUGUCUCAGGUCAAAGUAAUUUCGAUAUUCAGUGCGAGAGGUACAAGUACGGUUUUGUCGACGAUGAAAUACUCCGUGACUGUGAAACCGCCCUGCCUUACAUGACAGGCUCAUACGACAUCACAUUUGUUGAUAACCGUGAUAUGAAAGGCAACGUUCUUGGUCUCCCAUACAGACAGUAUGGUAGACAGGCAAAUUGCUAUUAUGAAACGGUUCUCAUGGAGGGUAAAGCAACUGCACAUGCGACGAUGGAUCAAGCCCGCAAUGCCGCGAUUCAUCUCUUGGCACAGUGCGGAAAACAAUUUCAAGGUGGCGUUGCUAGCAAUAUCGGAGAUGGAAACCUUGCGCUGAUCCUUGGAAAAUACCCUUUGAAGCCACAGUGCCGUGGAGCUAUGCCGGCAGACAGUUUGAAACAUUGUGGUUUCAUCGCAUUCCGCAUGCCAGCUGAAGACAAAAUCCAACUAUUCGGCCCAGCUUCUGAUCCCCAGACUGAGAUGGAUCUCCCAUGUCAAAUGAAAUCUAUCUCAUGUUCUCUGAUGAUUUACUCGACCAGCAAAACACCGGUUCGCUCCUCCAAUUAUGCGAUAUGGCAAGCUGUUGCUGCUUUGAUGUCAGUUUGUGUGAAAGAUCUUCAGGGAGGGAGUGUGACGGGCCUUGGCGAAGAUGGCAGUAUCUUCAUAACACUGAAGCAUGUUGCAUCUGCACCUGGGAUCGAAGUGCCCGAAACUGCUUCGCUGACCAUUGUCAGAUGA